AUGGAGCUUAGUGACGAGGAGUAUGCCAAGAUCCUGGCCGACGUGCCGGCGGCGUGCAAGGAGAUCGCGGUAGAGGCUACCGUACUAUUCGAGAGGAAAGAGGAGAGAUUAGCAUACUUUAUGCUUCGUCAGAUACCGGCGGCCACUCAGGACUUUGUGGAGAUCCGGGUCGCCUGCGUGGGCAACGUCGACGCGGGCAAGUCUACGACGCUUGGCGUGUUGACAAGGGGCGGGUUGGACGAUGGGAGGGGCAAGGCUAGAGUCAACCUCUUCCGUCACAAGCAUGAAAUCGAGACGGGCCGCACAAGCAGCGUAGGCAUGGAGCUUCUAGGAUUGACCGCAAAAGGCGAGCACGUCAUGUCAGCCGCAGGCUCAAAAGAGGAAGGACGCAAGCUCUCGUGGGAGGAGGUCUGCUCUCGCUCAGCAAAGAUCGUUAACUUCCUCGAUCUAGCAGGACACGAGCGAUACCUGCGCACCACCAUCGGCGGGCUGACGGCGAACGUGCCCGAGUAUGGCAUGCUCAUGGUUGGCGCAAAUGCUGGUCUGAUCGGAAUGAGCAAGGAGCACCUGGGCGUAGCUCUGGCAUUGAGCAUCCCUGUCUUUAUCACGGUUACCAAGAUCGACAUGUGCCCUCCGCAGAUCUUAGAGGCAACUAUCAAGCAGCUGACGAAGGUGCUCAAGAGCCCAGGAUGUAGGAAGACGCCCGUGUUCGUCGAGACGAUGGAGCAAGUAGUCGAUUGUGCGCUUCGCUUGUCCAAGGAGAGGAUCUGUCCUAUCUUCCAAAUUUCCAACGUCACCGGUCACAACAUUCCCCUGCUCCGCACCUUUCUCAACAUCCUCCCCCAAUCCUCCAUUUCAAAAUUCGACCCGGCCUCUUCCUUCGAGCUCCAAAUCAGCGACAUCUUCUCCGUCCCCUUCGUCGGUACCGUCGUCUCCGGCGUCAUCACUGGCGGGUCGGUCAAGAUAGGCGACAAUCUGCUCAUUGGACCCGACUCGCUCGGCCAAUUCAUUCAGACGUCGGUGAGGUCUAUCCAGCGCAAGAGAGUCAACGUCGAAGCUGCUACGGCGGGGCAGAGUGCUAGCUUUGCGUUGAAGCGGGUGAGGAGAAAUCAGGUCAGGAAGGGGAUGGUAAUGAUAGCGAGGAGUGAUAACCCUCCUCAGGCUAGUCUCGUCUUCGAUGCCGAGAUCCUCUGCCUUCAUCACGCCACUACGCUCAGCGUCGGCUCUUGCAUGGUCCUGCACGCAGCUGGAAUCAGGCAGACGGUCAGGAUUACAGGCAUUGCCAAGGGAGGGGACGAGCCUGUCGCUACCAGUGGGCCUGGAACCAAUGGGCGAGCAAAAGGGUCCAACGAGGAGAAGCCCGUGAUCAGGACGGGUGACAGGGCGAGGCUACGUCUGCAAUUUAUCAGGACCCCCGAGUUCAUCAAGGUUGGGGUGAGGCUCAUUACCAGGGAGGGGAGGACAAGGCUGAUUGGACGAGUGGCUGCCGUGGGAGGAACGGAGCCUUUGAUGCCGCCUAGUGUUUGA